AUUAAAUUUUUGUACGACCGAGAAUUUAGUUGCAUCGCGUUUUUAGACAAGCGCUGAAUAAAGCACUCAAUAGAUACUUUCAACUGCAUUGGCAGAUUCGGCUUCGGAUUCUUGAGUUAUUAAUUUUUCGAAAUGUUUAAAUAUAACUUAAUUAACAAAAAUUAAAUUUAUGUAUUUUAGUCUCAAUUUCGUAGCGCCUCAGUUCAUUCGGGUACCGUACCGCUGACGUGUGUGCAGUGCAGUAUUUCAGUGUUUCAGUGUUUGUCUUUUAAUUUAAUUGUUGUCUCACAGACAGAAUUUCUUUCAAUUUUUUUAAAAGAACUAAAGAUUUUUUGCAAAAACUCAAUGCAGUGCAGUGCGAAGCACAGUGCAGUGUGAAGAACAGUGUAGUAGGAAACAAAGUGUAUGCCAAAAACAUGGACUAGGUCCAUAAGACUAAGUGUCGCUCGGUCAAACUCCGUAAACUCCGUAAACAUUUCGAAAAAACACAAAUCUUAUUUUUUCAUCUUUUAUGUAAACUUUAAGUGCAGCAGCAUUUUUAUGAACCGUAAUUUACGAUAUUUCGGAGCGGUCUUGUUGCAAACGUUCGCUUAUUUGUCUGCAUAUUUUAUCGGGAUUUUGUUUUUGAAUAUCUUAAAUUGUAAUUUCGGUAUGUUGUUGUUUUUUUUUGCCAUACUACAUUGCUGCAGUUGAGCUCUUAACCAAACAAAUACUAAGAUUUUUAUUAGUGCGGAUCUGGAUUUGGUUGUGGACUUGUGCCGUUUCCAAAGCUAUGCCGUACAACUGCAGCAAGCACAUUAAAGCUAAAACGUCAUGGAUUCAAAAAGUUUAGCUAAAACUUGUGCCAUGAAGGAAAAAAGUAAAAAUGCUGCUCGCACCAGACGUGAAAAAGAGAACACAGAAUUCUUCGAACUGGCAAAAUUAUUACCAUUACCAAGUGCAAUUACAUCUCAAUUAGACAAAGCUUCGAUCAUAAGAUUGACGACGUCUUAUUUGAAAAUGCGACAAGUCUUUCCAAAUGGUAAGUUUAGCCUUAAGUUUAUCGUAAAUUAUUUGCUCAUAUAUACAUAUCAUUAG